GCCAGACUGGCAAAAAGGGGCAUUUCGUUUUCCAGGGGCUUGGCAGCAAUCGCGACUGUGUUCCGGGGGUGCAACCGCGUCAAGUGCAAGUGGCUGCGGCAGCGGCGAGUCAAAAAGGACAGCGUAUCGAUAACUCGGCCGUCAUAAUAAAUAUUUCCCGUCACCCAAUUCAUCCUCCGUUCAAGUCCACCAUUCCUUCCUUCUUUGUUUCUCACCAUAUUUUGCCUCCUGAGAUCUCUCAAGAUGGCGCGCCGUGGUUCGAGAUCCUCCUCUUCUGCUUUUCAGUGGACAACUGUGUUCUACCUCCUCCUCAUCUUCAUUUGUCCUUUAGCAUUGAUCGGCUCGGUACACGCCCAAGAUCAAGCACCUCUUAAUGACUCCGAUAGCAACUAUGGCACCGUCAUCGGCAUCGAUCUCGGAACUACUUAUUCCUGUGUCGGCGUCAUGCAGAAUGGCAAAGUAGACAUCAUUGUCAACGACCAGGGCAACCGAAUCACUCCUUCCUACGUGGCCUUUACCGACGAAGAGCGCCUGGUAGGUGACGCUGCAAAGAAUCAGUAUGCUGCAAACCCUACGAGGACAGUCUAUGAUAUCAAACGUUUGAUUGGUCGCAAAUACGCGGACUCCGAUGUUCAACGAGACGCAAAGCAUUUCCCCUUCAAAGUCGUCAACAAGGACGGCAAGCCUAUGGUCAACGUCGAGGUUGCUGGUCAGCCAAAAACUUUCACACCCGAGGAAAUUUCCGCCAUGGUUCUGGGCAAGAUGAAGGAAGUCGCUGAGGCAUACCUGGGCAAGAAAGUCACCCAUGCAGUUGUCACAGUUCCAGCCUACUUCAAUGACAACCAGAGACAAGCAACGAAAGACGCCGGAACAAUCGCUGGUUUGACCGUCCUUCGUGUGGUCAAUGAGCCUACAGCCGCAGCCAUCGCCUAUGGUCUCGACAAGAAGGGCAAAGAGAGCCAGAUCAUUGUCUACGAUCUUGGUGGUGGUACCUUCGAUGUAUCCCUUCUUUCGAUCGAAGAUGGUGUUUUCGAAGUUUUGGCUACCGCUGGUGAUACUCAUCUUGGUGGUGAGGAUUUCGAUCAGCGAAUUAUCGACUACUUUGUCAAACUCUACAACAAGAAGAACGAUGUGGACAUCCGAAAGGACCUCAAGACCAUGGGUAAGCUCAAGCGAGAAGUUGAGAGAGCUAAGCGAACCCUGUCAUCACAAAUGUCCACCCGUAUUGAGAUCGAAGCUUUCCACGACGGAAAGGAUUUCUCCGAGACUUUGACCCGAGCCAAGUUCGAGGAACUCAACAUGGAUCUGUUCAAGAAGACCCUGAAACCAGUCGAACAAGUCAUCAAGGACGCCAAAGUCAAGAAGGCCGACAUUGACGAUAUUGUCCUUAUUGGUGGUUCGACUCGUAUCCCCAAGGUUCAACAAAUGAUUGAAGAGUAUUUCGGUGGCAAGAAAGCCAGCAAGGGUAUCAACCCUGAUGAAGCUGUGGCUUAUGGUGCAGCCGUCCAAGGUGGUGUUCUUUCCGGCGAAGCUGGUACCGAGGAUAUUGUUCUCAUGGAUGUCAACCCGUUGACUCUCGGAAUUGAAACCACUGGUGGUGUCAUGACCAAAUUGAUCCCUCGAAACACAGUUGUUCCAACCAAGAAAUCCCAAAUCUUCAGCACGGCGGCAGACAACCAGCCUGUUGUCCUGAUCCAGGUCUACGAAGGUGAACGAUCUCUCACGAAAGACAACAACCUCCUCGGCAAAUUUGAGCUUACCGGCAUUCCUCCUGCUCCUCGUGGUGUUCCUCAAAUCGAAGUAUCAUUCGAGCUCGACGCUAACGGCAUCCUCAAGGUGUCUGCUGGAGACAAGGGCACUGGCAAAUCCGAGUCUAUCACCAUCACCAAUGACAAGGGACGAUUGUCACCAGAAGAAAUCGACCGUAUGGUUGCCGAGGCCGAACAAUUCGCCGACGAAGACAAGGCAGUCCGUGAAAAGAUUGAAGCCAGAAACAAGCUCGAAAACUACGCCGUUUCUCUCAAGAACCAGGCCAAUGAUGAAGACGGUCUUGGUGGCAAGAUUGACGACGACGACAAGGAGACAUUGUUGGAAGCGGUCAAGGAGACUCAAGACUGGCUGAUCGAGAACGCCGACUCGGCAGAGAAGGAUGACUUUGAUGAGCAAUAUGACAAGUUGUCACAGGUUGCUUACCCGAUCUCAAGCAAGCUCUACGGUGGCGGUGCAGGUGGGAUGCCGGACUAUGGAGACGACGAUGAUGACGCAGGUCAUGAUGAACUAUGAGCAUGAUACUGUACUAGCAUCUUAGAUAUGCACGGCGUUUUCCCGAGUUCCAACGAGGCACCAGAUACCACUAAAAUGUAUUUUCUUAAAGUUCAAUAUUGUUUCCAUCGUGAUGUCCUCCCGUGCUAGUGGUCAAUUCGACAUGAUUUCAAUCUCGAUGUCCUCCUGUGGUAAUGGCCUCAUGCAACGCUCUUGCGGUCUUGAAGUUUUCCUGUUAUAAUGGCUCUGUC